AUGGCGUUCGUCGACGGCCUUUCUCAUACCGACAUCGUCCGCCUCAUAGAAGAGCUUGCCGGGGUCGAGAUGGCCGGUCUCGAGACUUGCCUUAAAGAGUUCGUCUCUUUACAGCCUCUGAGCGGCGCCAGAAUCACCGUUUCCUGCCACAGGUCUAGUGAAACCGGCGGCCUCACCAAACUCCUAGAAGCUCUCGGAGCCGAAGUUCGCUGGUUUCCCUGUUACAUCUUCCCUAGUCAGGAUGACGCUGCCGCCGCCGACGCCUCCGACUCUCGGAUGGGAAAGAAGGCGGAUAAGGGGUAUUGGCGGGGUACGGAUCGUGCACUUAACUGGGGUCUUUCUGGUGGUCCCGAUCUGAUUGUUGACUUCGGUGGUGACCUUACCUUCUUGAUCCAUGAAGGUGUGAAAGCUGAAGAGAUUUAUGCCAAGACUGGUCAGCUGCCAGACCCGUCUUCUACUGAAAAUGCUGAGUUGCGGGCUGUUCUCAGUAUCAUCGGAGAGGGCUUAAACACUGACCCCAACAGGUACCACAAUAUGAAGGGGAGCCUCGUUGGUGUCUCUGAAGACAGCGCUGCUGGAGUGGAGAGGCUUUACCAGAUGCAAGCUGAUGGAACUCUGUCGUUCCCUGCCAUCAGUGUCAACGGCUCUGACACCAAGAGGAAGUUCAGUAACUUCCUCAUCCGCUCUCUUUUUGUUAUCACGGGAGCCACCAACAUGACGAUUCCUGGCAAAAAAGCCAUUGUGUUUGGAUUUGAAAAUGCCAGCAAGGGAUUUGCCAAAGCACUGAAGCAGGCUGGUGCUGACGUGGUUGUGUACGAGGUUGAUUCCAACCUAACAGUUCAAGCUCACCUAGAAGGUUUCUCAGUCAUUAAGAUUCUUGGCGAUGGUGUUUUUGAGGAAGACAUAUUUGUUAUCAACGGGGGUAAUAUCGAUGUGUUUAAACACGUAGAGAAGAUGAAGAACAACACCAUUAUUUACUACAUGGAUACUACAUUGGACGAUGAUAGCGAUAUCUAUGCUGGGCACGAGCAAUGCUUCUCGGGCAUGACACAUAUCGUCGUCAAUCCUCAAACUGACAAAUGGGUCUUUCCUGAGAGAGACAAAUGCAUCAUCGUAUACAAAGGUUACCCUAGGUUUGUGUUGUCUUGGUCUUGCACAAGCCAUGUGGUUGCUCUGCUUGAUUUGUGGAGCAAGAAUGGGACUGACGACAAGUACCAGAAUAAGGUUCAUGUUUUGCCUGAGCAUCUUGAAAACAAGGUGUCUGAUCUUCACCUUGCCAAGUUUACGGCCGCCAAAGGAGGGGCCGGUCAAGUCGUUGAUAAGAAGGGGAUAUUACUCAUGGUUGUUCAAGCUUGUUCGCUUAUUCUGGGCUUCAUGAAAGCUACCAAAGUUAGCAUAGAUCUCUCAGUUCCCAAAGUUUCCAUAGAUAUCCCAUUUUCUGCUAUCUUAGGUAAUUAA